AUGACGAACUCAAAGAGAGACCAAUUGCUUUUGGCUUCCUUUCCUAGGCCGCCACCUGGGCUGCUGAGUCCUUCUGGUCCUAAUUCAGGCAAAGUUCCGAGUCCGAAGCCGAGUCCAAAUUCUGUAUACAAACCGUCUGACUUUGGAUUUAUUCAAGUCGUCUUGGACACGGAUUCCGAUGCAGACUCGCUGUACGACGAUCCGUCUCCGAGGAAGGGACCUUAUUUUCACCAUCCCCCUCCAGUGCCAACAGCAGGUCAUAGAGAGCCAAACCUUGGAGAUCUUCGACUCGUGCUAGACAGUCCUUCGAAAGUCUUUGCGCCCAAUGAAACUAUAACAGGUUACAUAUCAGGUUGGGAUUCUUCAUCGCAUAUUCAUAUCAUACUAGAAGGCCGAGCAAACACCUACAUUCGCACAGACAAGGCAGAAUACAAGGACCGCACGCCAUUGAUUUAUCGAAUUUCGCAUCUUCCACCGGAGAGGCAAGGCAUAGUACCUAGAUUCUCGAUCACUAUACCCGAGAAGACACAGUACAAUCUUCAACAUCUCGAUGAUUUGACCUCUAACAACUGUCUAUUUGAUAAUUACUGGACUCACGGUUGGCCUGCACAAGAACCCUACGAAAGUCAACCAAAUCGACCAAUUCCCCCAUCUACCCAUGUCCCCUUACGAGGUUCCAGUUCUCUAUCGUCUCGAGCAGCGGGCAGCGCCGAUAUCACAUAUCGACUUAUAGCCAUCCGCUCAAGGCCAUCUCCAACCUCACCCCAUACCCUCACGCCAGAAGCCACAAACAUCACCCCUCUAACCAUAACAACCCUUCGAUUCCCUCAAUCCAAGCUCACCACCCUGCUCUCCUCUCCACCACACUCCACAACCAGAGACCUAUCCCUCCAAACCCGCCAUCUCUCCCUCCCACCCACUAAACGCACAAGCCUCUACAACCACCUCCUCGACUCCCUGCACACCACCUCCGCCUCCUCCUCAACCCCAACAUUCUACUUCGCCCCGACAAUCACCACCCCUCGCGUCGCACACGCCGGCUCCCCCCUCCAAAUCAAACUCCGCAUCGCCGUGCUCCCUCCCCCACCAGGAAAACUAUACAACUUCCCAAUCCCAGACAUCCAAGUCGUAGACUUCAAAUGCCGCAUCAGGUCGUACACCGGUAUCCGCGUGCUGCGCCGCACGCCGUCCCAGCCCCCGAAAUCAGUCACAGUCCAAUCUACGGUACUACACACGACAACCACGCACAGCGCCACAUUCACGCCCCGAAACGGCGCGUACGAGGGCCAGAACUGCGUCUUCUCCGUCACGCUGCCCGCCUCCGCGAGCUCGAGCUUCAAGAGCGCGAGCAUGUGGAGGGGGUAUAAGGUCGAUGUCGACGUUGGGUUCAGGGUUGCAGGGCGGGGGGUUAGGGUGCGGGGCGCCGGAGGGGAUUUAGAUGUCGUUGCUGGGGAGGGGGAUUUUGGGGUACGGGCUGGAGGAGAGGAGAUGGGGCAGGGAGGGGAUGAUGGGGUGGAGAUGGCGAGGGUUGUUGUUUUGAGGGGGAGUGAUGGUGGUGGUGGUGGGUUUGGGGAUUUGGAGGUUGGAGGUUAG